GUGUGAUAAUAACCGGUUCGGCGGGGUCACCAGUGCACGGGAAGUCGGAACUACACUUCCACGUCACAGCUGCAGCAAAACCGCGUGCUACGGAAUUCCCAGGGUUUUGCGGGACACAAACACUGGGGGCCGGCUUGAACAUGCAGCCGUGAGGCGUGCGGGAGCGGACCGGGGCGGCUGUACACCUGGGGUGUCGACAGGUGAGAAUGGGCGUGAACCCGAAGGUGUUACACGCAGUCAUCGUCACUAGUCUGUUCUGGGUCGCCGUGGAUGUCGUUCUGCUGUCCUUCUGUGGAACAUGGCAAGACAACACCGCCGUCAGGGCCUUCAGAGACGCGCAGGGAAGACCCCUCAAGCCGAGGGACGACCCUGUCUACCCCGAUGACGCGGGAGGACACAGGAGGAGGGGCCCUCCCCGCGGCCAGGUGUACCCGGACUCACCUGCGGAAAGUGUCAAGAACGUCCCACCUGAAAAACGGGGCCAACCGGAAGUAGACAAACAGAAGGACGCGUGGCCUAAAAUACCACAGGUAAACCAAAAAUGGAAGGAGAUCCGAAAAGAGGACAUCAAAUGGAUGCCUCCUAUGAAUUACGACGCAACUUCUAUGCCCAGGGACCCGAACGGACCGGGAGAACACGGGAAAGGCGUCACCACAAAACCCGAGGAAGAGCCUCAAGUCAAGGCGGGCUGGAAACUGGCUUCUUUCAACAAAUACGUCAGCGACAAAAUCUCUUACGAGCGGUCCAUUCCAGACACCAGGCUACCAGAAUGUAAGACGAAGAAGUACCCGGAGUAUUUACCCCCCACGAGUGUUAUCAUGUGCUUUACUGACGAAGCGUUUUCGGCGGUGAUGCGGUCCGUUCACAGCAUCAUCAACAGAACCCCUCCGCACCUGCUGGAGGAGGUUAUUCUGGUGGACGACAACAGUACCAGAGCCGAGCUGAAGGGUCACCUUGACGACUACGUGCAGCGGCAGCCAGGCUGGGACAAGGUGAAGGUGAUCCACCUGGAGAAGCGGGAGGGACUGAUCAGGUGCCGGCUGAGGGGUGCGGAGAAGGCCGCGGGACCGGUGCUGACUUUCCUGGACGCGCACAUCGAGUGUAACGUGGGGUGGGUGGAGCCGCUACUGCACAGGAUCUGGGAGAACAAGACCAACGUCGUCAUGCCCAUCAUAGAGGCUAUAGACGACAAGACGUUUGAAUAUCACGGGGGUGUGCAAUCGUCAAGGUACGCCCAGAGGGGCGGCUUCUCCUGGGAGUUACACUUCGACUGGAGGGUCAUCCCUGAGUACGAGAUUAAGAGGUGGAAUGGGGACGAGACCACACCAAUCAGGUCUCCCACCAUGGCGGGCGGUCUGUUCUCUAUCGACAAGAGUUACUUCUACGAGCUGGGGACGUACGACGACAAGAUGGACACGUGGGGAGGGGAGAACCUGGAGCUGUCUUUCAAGAUCUGGAUGUGCGGCGGGACUCUGGAACAGCCGCCCUGCUCCAAAGUGGGGCACGUCUUCCGUAGCAGCGCCCCCUACAGCAACCCCUCCGGUCCCAAAACCUUCAUCAGAAACACGCUGCGCGUGGUAGAAGUGUGGCUAGAUAGUUAUAAGGACCUGUUUUACGCACUCAACCCUCACAUGCAAGGCGAGCCGUAUGGUGACGUCAGCGAGAGGAAACGUAUCCGAGAGCGGCUUCAGUGUAAGAGUUUUGAUUGGUUCUUGGAGAACAUCUUCCCCGAGCUCCCCAUACCGGACAAGAACGUGCAAGGCAGAGGGGAGCUGAAGAACCUUGGCGGGAACAAGUGUAUGGACACGAUGGGUGAACACGCGCCGUACGUGGGACUGUACUCCUGCCACGGCAUGGGCGGGAACCAGGUCUUUAGCUACACGUGGAAAAACGUCAUCAGCUAUCAGGAGAGGUGCCUAGCCGUCAGCCGGAACAAACCAGACAGAGUCAGUCUGUACCCGUGUGGGGAUAGGGACAUUCUCAAAUGGAAACAUGAAAAGGGCGGUACAUUCUCCGUUGUUGGGGACGGCCGGUGUCUGGACUAUGACUACACAGACAAUCUUCUCUCGCUCAGGAACUGUAACGAAGGGAUGAACCAGAGGUGGAUGUUCAACAACUAUUACGACGACCGCGGCAAUAAGAUAUAGAAAGUGUCCCUCCAACUCUUAUCAUUAAUGAAAGGUCCCUAAUCUUGUUUCCCUCCAUUUUGUUUGACGAGCUUUAUGCAGUGCGGGCGGCUAAUAUAAGGCAAAGCAGAUGUGAGGAUCAUGUGUUUUACGCGAGUUUUUGUAACAUUGAUAAUACUGACAUAACAAAACAUCUUCGGGAGGAAAGAGUUGAAAAGGUGAAGACAGACUAAAUGUUGAGAAAAUACACGUAAAAUACUGAGACUAAUCCGGAUCCUUACAUCUGCUUGGUAUUUUGCAAAUAUUGCACUCAAGCUUAAAUACCUCUAAAAAGAUGCCUACUUUUAACUUCGUUUUAUGUGUAGAACUAUUUUAAAUCCGAUACUUUAAAUUAGAUACUUAAUAUCCUAUGCUCAAUAUGCGGAAUGUGGCAAGUAGAAAUGAAAUUGUAUGUCUAUUUGGAGCAAAUUUGAGGUGAAUGGUAUAUGGAAGAUGUAACACCCGUGUCCAUAAUAUCACCAGGGUCCAUAUUAAAUAUCGCCACCUUGAGUAAUAGUGUGCUUUAAGA